AUGUCACAUACUAUCACUACUACACACCUUACGUCGAAAGAGCCGGAGCAGCAGAAGUUCGACACCGAGAAGGGAAGAUCAGGCGAAGACCGAGUCGAAGCGCAGCAGAAGUUCGACACCGAGAAGGGAAGAUCAGGUGAGGGCCGAGUCGAAGUCAAGAACAGAACUCAGCCGAAGCAUCAGAAGUUCGACGCCGAGGACGCACCGUCAGGUGAGAAGCGAGUCGACAUCAAGGUCGAGGUAGAGUCCGACGACGAGCUCUAA